CAUUGCGCCCUCUGACAACAUGGCUCAAGGGAAAUAUACUAGAAUAGACAAUAAACGAUCUUCGAAUUACUGUUCGACAGUGUCUAUUGUUGUGUUUGUGGCUCUAUGCUUGGUUGGGGUUUGGAUGAUGACAUCAUCCUCUGUAGUUCCUGUGCAAAAUGUAGAUGUGUCUCAGGAGAAUAAGAAUGAGAUGAAAGAACAGCCAACUGAAACCACUAAUAGCAAUACUCGACAGUUUGAAGAUAAUCCGGGUGACCUGCCUGAGGAUGCAACCAAGGGGGACAGUAGUGUCAACUCUGAAAACAACUCUGAUGUGCCAGAAAAACAGGAAGAGAAAUCGGACGUAAAGCCUGAAGAGAAGUCUUCUGAAGAUACUAAGACAGAAGAUACUGAAUCAAAUGAGUCUGAGAAGAAACCCGAUUCUGAUGAGGGCGAGAAGAAACCCGAUCCGGAUGAGGGCGGGAAGAAACCCGAAUUCGAUGAGAGCGAGAAGAAAUCUGAAUCAAAUGAUAACAAGCAGUCUGAUUCAGAUGAAAGUGAAAAGAAAUCUAAAUCAAAUGAUAACAAGCAGUCUGAUUCAGAUGAAAGUGAAAAGAAAUCUGAUGACCCAAGUGAAAACAAAUCUGAUGACUCAAGUGAAACAACAGAUAAUAGGACUGAAGAAAAGGUGGAACAAAGUGGUAAUCAAGAGUCUGCUGAAAGCUCUAAUGAGAAGAAAACAGAUGACAAUGCCAACAGCCAGAAUUCAAAUGAGGUAUACCCUUCUGGGGCCCAGUCAGAGCUUCUAAAUGAAAAUACCACUCAAAAUGGUUCUUGGUCAACUCAGGCUUCAGAGUCAAAGAAUGAAAAGGAGUCUCGAGAGUCCUCCAAGCAAUCUACUGUGUACAAUUGGAAACUCUGCAAUGUCACUGCUGGCCCUGACUACAUCCCUUGCCUCGACAACUUGAAAGCGAUUAGGAAUCUUCCGACUACUAAACACUAUGAACAUCGAGAAAGGCAAUGUCCGGAACAACCUCCUACCUGCCUUGUCUCUCUUCCUGAAGGAUAUAGACGCCCAAUUGAGUGGCCCAAAAGCAGAGAGAAGAUAUGGUAUUACAAUAUUCCACACACUAAGCUUGCUGAAUAUAAGGGGCACCAGAAUUGGGUGAAAGUUACAGGCGAGUACCUUACUUUUCCUGGUGGUGGAACUCAAUUCAAACAUGGUGCACUUCAUUACAUUGACACUAUACAACAGUCUGUGCCUGAUAUCGCUUGGGGCAAACAAUCACGUGUGAUAUUAGAUGUUGGAUGUGGUGUUGCCAGCUUUGGUGGCUUUCUCUUUGAAAGAGAUGUACUUACAAUGUCAUUGGCACCAAAAGAUGAACAUGAAGCUCAGGUACAAUUUGCACUUGAAAGGGGAAUUCCUGCUAUAUCUGCUGUGAUGGGCACAAAGAGGCUUCCUUUCCCUGGGAAAGUAUUUGAUAUAGUUCAUUGUGCACGCUGUAGAGUUCCAUGGCAUAUAGAAGGUGGUAAACUUCUUCUGGAGCUGAAUAGAUUAUUGCGACCUGGUGGUUUCUUUGUAUGGUCUGCCACUCCUAUUUAUCAGAAGCUUCCCGAAGAUGUUGAAAUAUGGAAUGAAAUGAAGGCACUGACAAAAGCAAUGUGCUGGGAAGUUGUGUCCAUCAGCAAGGAUAAACUUAAUGGAGUUGGUAUAGCUGUAUACAAGAAGCCAACUACUAAUGAGUGUUAUGAGAAACGUUCUAAGAAUCAGCCUCCUAUAUGUCCAGAUUCCGAUGAUCCUAAUGCAGCAUGGAACAUUCCAUUGCAAGCUUGCAUGCACAAAGUGCCAGUGAGUUCCACAGAACGUGGGUCACAUUGGCCAGAGCAGUGGCCAGCAAGACUGACCAAAGCACCUUACUGGUUGACAAAUUCUCAGGUUGGAGUUUAUGGAAAGCCUGCCCCUGAAGAUUUUAUUGCUGAUUAUGAACACUGGAAACGUGUAGUUUCCAAGUCUUAUCUAAAUGGGAUGGGAAUUAAAUGGUCCAAUGUGCGGAAUGUCAUGGACAUGAGAUCAGUCUAUGGAGGGUUUGCUGCAGCUUUGAAGGAUUUGAAUAUUUGGGUCAUGAAUGUGGUUUCAGUAGAUUCCCCAGACACUCUUCCCAUUAUUUAUGAACGAGGUCUUUUUGGCAUAUAUCAUGAUUGGUGUGAAUCAUUUAGCACCUAUCCAAGGUCCUAUGAUCUACUCCAUGCAGAUCAUCUGUUUUCAAAGCUUAAGAAAAGGUGCAAUUUUGAAGCGGUAGUGGCUGAGGUUGAUCGGAUUCUCAGGCCCGAGGGAAAGCUUAUUGUCCGGGACACUGUUGAGAUCAUUAACGAGCUUGAGAACAUGGUGAAGUCGAUGCAGUGGGAGGUUCGCAUGACUUACUCUAAAGAUAAGGAGGGCUUUUUAUGUGUCCAGAAGUCCAUGUGGCGGCCUAAAGAGUUGGAGACACUCAAGUAUGCUAUUGGUUAAGCGCGGAUGAGAUUUCAACAAGAGAAUUAGGUGAUUUUUUGGUUUUGGCUGCUCAAAGUUCUUGUAAAAUUGAACUUCCACCAUUAUUUAUGUAUUAUUAUAGUUAGGCAUUCACGCAUUCGUCUUUUUGCCUUUGGUAAU